CAAGAAAUACACGCAGCAUGUUCAUCUUUUGCCACUAUUUAUGUACUAUAAGCGUUACUCACACACACUCACACAAUAGCAGUUACAAAAACAAAUCACUAUUCUAAAUCACUCUCUUUCUUCUUCCUCCAACAAUGGCGAAAAAGAAAAAUAAGGGAAAUGGACAAAACAACAAUAACAAUGGAGCAACCAAGGAAAAUGGAGAAAACAACAACAACAAUGGAGGAGGAGGAAAAGAAAAUGGAGAAAACAACAACAGUAACAAUAACAACAACAACAAUAACAACACUAACAAUAACAACACGGUGUUGAAAGUCUCAAUGCAUUGUGACGGUUGCGCUUCCAAAAUCAUCAAACACCUUCGUUCCAUCAAAGGUGUGGAGGCGGUGAAAGCAGAGAGUGAGACCGGAAAAGUAACGGUCGUCGGAAAAGUUGACCCUGUGAAAGUGAGAGAUAAUCUCGCGGAGAAGAUAAAGAAGAAAGUGGAACUCAUUUCUCCACAGCCAAAGAAAGAGAACAAGAAGGAAACGGAAACAAACAAUAAAAACAAUUCCGAUGAGAAAAAGAAAACCGACGAGAAAAAAACCAAUGAGAAAGAGUCGGUUACAACUUCUGUGUUGAAAAUGUUGCUGCACUGUCAAGGAUGCGUUGAUAAAAUUGGGAAGAUUGUGUUGAAAACUAAAGGAGUGCUUGAAAUGGGAGUAGACAAGGAGAAGGAUACUGUGACUGUGAAGGGUACAAUGGAUGUGAAAAAGUUGGUUGAGAAUUUGCAAGAGAAGCUUAAGAGGAAAGUUGAGGUUGUACCUCCUAAGAAAGACAAGGAAGGUGGUGGUGGUGGUGAGAAGGAAGGAGGUGGAGGUGGAGGUGGAGGAGGAGGGAAGAAAAAGAACAAGGGUGGUGGAGGUGGUGGUGGUGAUGGAGGAGAAGGUGGAGAGAAUAAGAAUGAAGGGGGAGAAGUUAUGAAAAUGGAGUAUAUGAUUCAACAACCCUUUGGAUAUUAUGGUUAUGGAAAUGGAAAUGUGGAGGGGUAUAAUGAACAAGUUUACCUAAAUCUGUUACAUAAUCAUAUGCAUACUCAACCACCACAAAUGUUCAGUGAUGAGAAUCCUAAUGCUUGCAAUGUCAUGUGAUGUGAGUUGUCAUUAUGUCAGAACUUAAUUUCAUUCAAUUCAAUAUGAUGGAUGGUGAUGAAUGAUGAUAACUAGUCUUUUGGUGAUUCCAUGAGGCAGGGAAAAAAGAGGGUAGUCAGUGAGUAACUAGAGUCGUUUUUAUUCUUUUUCUUUUAUAAUGUUUUGUGCUAUGUAAUGAAAAGUUUUGUUGAAACUAAAUUUAAAGAAUACAGUUGACAUCAUA